AAGGAGUGAAGAAGUGAAAAACGAACGAAGGAGCGAAAAGGUGAAGAAACGAACAAACGAGCACACUCACCUGACCAUCUUGUGACCAUCUUGUGACCAUCUGCUGACCACCUCCCGACGAGCGCCCCGCGCAACUAACAGAAGGCACUUCCAGUAAGAAGCAGCACUGCUGGGAAGAAGCAUCCCUGCCAGCAAGCGCACACAAGUCAGCCCCCCCCAGUAGCGGCUUCUCCUUUUGCUGCUUCUCCUUUUGCGGCCCCCCCGCUGAGCCACGAUGCGGGGCUACAACCUGGUGAGCAAACUAAACCUCGGGAAGAGCCUCGGGAAGAGCCUGCGGGCUAAUCUGCAGACGAAUCUGCAGGCGAAUCUGCAGGCGAGGCGAACCUUCAGCGAAGGCGCGAGCGCAGAAAAGGGGAAACACACAAAGGAGGGAAAGGCCAAGUACAUCCUCUGCACAGCAGUCACAUCCGUCGCGCUCUCAGUCGCCCUGACCUAUGCCUACGAAAAUUAUGUGCUCUACAGAUGGAAUCAUAAAUAUGAUUACUCGUACAAUCCGCAUAUGAAAGUCAUUGAGACUAAGUUGAAAGAGAAAAAGGAAGGGAAGAGAGAAAAAAAACACGUAGCAAAAAAUAUAAUCCUUGUGAGACAUGGGCAGUAUGUAAGGAAAAACAAAAGUGAUGAAAGUGCAAAGAAGCUGACCAAGGAGGGUUGCAAGCAAGCAGAACUGACGGGGAAAAAGCUAAAGGAAAUUUUAAAUGAAAAAAAAAUUAGUGUAAUAUAUCAUUCCGAUUUAAUUAGAGCAAAAGAAACGGCAGAAAUUAUUAGCAAAUAUUUUCCGAACGCUAAAUUGGUUAAUGACCCUAACUUGAAUGAAGGUACUCCUUAUAUGCCUGACCCGAUUCCUAGGAGCUCCAAAUUUGAUAGCAAUAGAAUCCGUGUAGACAGUAAAAGAAUUAAUAAAGCGUAUGAGAGUUACUUUUACCAGCCGCCUGGGGAGGAAGAUGAGUACCAGUUGGUAAUUUGCCAUGGGAAUGUCAUUCGGUAUUUCCUGUGUAGGGCUCUGCAGCUUCCUUUGUUUGCUUGGCUGCGCUUCUCCAGCUACAACUGCGGGAUUACUUGGCUCGUUUUGGACGACGAGGGCUCCGUCGUCCUCCGCGAGUUCGGCUCCGUUGCGCACCUCCCCUUCGACAGCGUCACCUACUUUUGA